AUGAUAAAAUAAUAAAAUAUAUAGCAAUUAUUCCCUAACUUAUAAGAAUAAUCUUACUAGACACUCCAAUAAGUCUAUGAAAACAUUGCUCUCUAAGAAUUCCAUGUCUUGGUCUAACAAAUUAAAACCAAGUUUCCAAUCCCAAAUUAAAUCAAUUCUGUCCAAUUUCCUACUCAGGAGAAUGUAAUUGAAUUCUUCUAGAAUUACAACCCAAUCAUUUUAGACCUAACUCACAUUUAAGAUGUUAAGAUUAAGCUCUACAAAAAUGCUGCAUUCUACGGAACCUUAGUUGAUGGCUUGAGACAAGGACAAGGCAUUUUAAUUAAAUCAACAUUAUAACUUUAUGAAGGCUCCUUUCUCAGAGACAAGAAAGAUGGUAUCGGAUUUGAAUUACUGAAACAAAACCAAUUUUACUAUGGCACCUAUCUCAAUGGGUUACCACAAGGAGAAGGAGUUUUCUGGUCAAAAAACUAAAAAUAUAUUGGUUAAUGGCAUUAAGGAAAAAAACAUGGAAUUGGGUGGUAUCAAGGAACUCAUUCUGAUUAUUAUCUAGGAUAAUGGGAAAACGGAAGAUGUUUCGGACUUUGCAUCUAUAUUAAUGGAGACAUAUAUGUUGGUCAUGUUACCAAUGAUCUAAAGCAUGGUAAUGGUUAGGAAUAUUUUGAAAAUGGUGAUUACUUUAUAGGAGAAUAUAGAAAUGGCAAACCUAAUGGCUAAGGUGAAUUCUAUUGGAACAAUGGGAAUUUCUUUAAAGGAGAAUUCAUUAAUGGCCUAAGGAAUGGCUACGGGAUUUGGGAAAGUAAAACACAAGAAGGAGUAAAUACUUACAAAGGUCAAUAUGCCAACGAUAAAAAAUGUGGAUAAGGAGUAUUUGAGUAUGCAAAUGGCACAAAAUAUGAAGGCUCCUUUGUUGAUGAUAAAAGAUGUGGAUAUGGAUAAAUUACUUGGUAGGACAGGGCGACUUAUAAGGGUUACUGGGUUGAUGGAUUAAUGGAAGGAGAAGGAAUGUAUGAAUAUGAUACGCUUGUAUUAAAAGGCAAUUGGAAAAGCAACUAGUUGCAAACUAUUGACAAAGUCAGAGUCUCAUUAAAUCAAUUUCCAUAAUAACAUAACUUAAAAGAAAUUAAUGAAAAUGAAGAAGUUAGAUCAGAAUUAGCUGAAGAACCAGAUUAAGAUGAAAUUGGAGAAUAAUUUUAAACUGAAAUCCUAGCUUCAAAAACUGAAACUAAUAAUGCUCCUGUUUUAAAUAAUUCUCAUCACACUAGUCAUAAUGAAAUGUAAUUUCAUUAAAAAUUACCCAUUUUACAAAGACAAUUUGAUUUGCUCAGUCUUCUUGAUUAAGGACUUCAAGUCUAAACUUUGGAUGUAUCACAUAGAUAAAACAGCUCCAGUGUUGCCAUUUAAACUGAAAGUAAGAAAAAGUUUCUUCCAAAAUUGACUCUCAAUAAGAAAACCCCUACAAAUAGUGUGGAUCAUCCCCAUAAUGGAAAUAUGAAAUUUAAAUUCGAUUCGUUUUCUAACUCACCCAACACUAGAGGUACUGAUCAAUCAAAUAAAUCAAACAGAGGUCAAAAUUAAAAGAAAGCAAAUAAAUCUGUUCAAUGUAGAACAAGGAAAAAUAAAAAAGUCCUUCUUUCUCAGAUAGAAUAGAACAUUUGGGCAAUCAAGAUGAAUAAAUUAAAAUUGAGUCCUGCCAAGUAUACUAAAUUUUGGAAUCAUGGAGUUGUCAGUGAAAUAAAAUAGUUUCUAUAUCCUCCGAUUUGGAAACCUCCAUCCCAUUUAACAUGAAUUAUUAUUCUAAUGCUUGACACUUUAUUUAUUAUUUUAUUCUUAUAUAUUAUUUCUAUUAGAAUAAUUCUAUUAAGUA